UGAGUUCACCCGACAAUGCUGGAAGAUGGUUUCACCGUUUCGAGUUCGAAGUUCAUUUUCCGAAUGUCAGACGACUGACUCUGAGGAUGUCCGAAAUCCGGAAAGUUUUCUCAGUUUUCUCACGAAAACUUUCUUACUACAACUUUCUAGCGGUAGCGUCAACAAUAUCUUGUACUUCAUUUCUUCAGAGUCAAAAUAUCGACAAACGUCGAAGCGUUUCAGAGAAUCCACUGUCGUGAUUUUUCUUCAGCAAAAUCCAGAAAGUUUUCUCAGUUCUCUCACGAAAACUUUGUUACUACAACUUUCGUCAGGGAAGCGAGUGCCGACCAAGGAGAAAUGCCAAGACGUAAAAGUAAGAAAAAGGUGCUGACAAAGUUGAAUGCAUGGAAGGCGGAACAGGAAAAUAAGAAGACGGGUGAUGAGCAGGGCAUAGCGGGACAGGAGAAAGCUGAAGAGCACCAAGUAGAGGGAGCAAGAGAAAGGCUGGCUGAUGAGCAGGAUUGUGAGGUAACAGGGGAGUGGCAGGGGGAAGAGUUCAUGUUCAACCCCUUCACAGCAAAUGAUCAGUUGCAGCUGGCAGGUCAGUUGAAUCUUUCAAUUGAACAAUAUAUCAAUAUUGAGCAAAGGAAUGUUCCUUUGGAGACACCUGUCAAUCUCAUUCGGAUGGAAGGGGAUGGGAACUGUUUUUAUAGAGCAGUAAGUUUCCAUAUUUUUGGUACUCAGGAGUAUCAUGCUGUACUGAGGCAGCGUAUGAUUGAAUACAUGUCAACAAUGUCUGAGGAUCUUUGCAGUUUAUUGUUGGAACCAGAUCAAACCAUGGAGAAGUUCCUGUCUGGUGAGUGUCAUCCUGAGGGCCCUCCAGCAAAGCUUGGUACGUGGGCCACACAGGUUGAAAUAGAUGCAAUGUCCUUGCUACUGGGAAGAUGCAUCUUUGUGUAUGGUAAGUAUGGCGACAAUUGGGCAUGGAUGAAGUAUCCAAUAAGGGAAAGUACUUGUGAUAGUACCAUGUUAGAUGACAGUAAUGCAUUGUACAUACAGAAUACAAACCUUGACCACUUUGAUGUAGUAACAACAGUUUUGAGACGUAGACAGACAAGGAGUAUGUCACGGUGCCACAGAGAAGAAGCUACAGAGGUCUCACAAGUUCCCAGUAGCAACAGCAAGCACACACUAAUCGACAACGAUGAUGAUGAGGACCGGAAAAGAGCCAGACGAGAUCAAGAAAGGAAGCGAUACCGUGAGGAUCCCCAGUAUGCCCGGGCCCAACGGGAACAAAAGAGGACCAAGUAUCACACUGACGAUGAGCAUGCAGAGCAGAAGCGAGACCAUGAAAGAGAUAAAUAUCACACUGUGGAUGAGCAUGCACAGCAGAAGCGAGACCAUGAAAGAGAGAAAUAUCACACAGAUCCAAAUCAUAGAGAUUUGAAAAACAGAAACAGGCAGAUUAACAGAGGAAAGAACCAGAGUUUAGCAGAUGUCAAUAAGGAUAUUGAAGAGUUCCAGAGGGAAUGCAAAAAUGGGCCAGAAUAUGUUUGCACUGUAUGUCAUAGGCUUUUGUUUUGCAAUCAAGUCGUAAUCUGUGACAAAGACAAGUAUGUUGAGGCUGUUAAGCACUGUUUAACAGGUACGUAUGUACAUCAAUGCAAUGUAGAAUGCAGCCCACAUGCGUGUCCCACAGCAAACUCUUCCAGGGGCCAAGAGUGGAUAUGUCAUUGUUGUCAUGAACACUUGUCCAAAAAAAAAGACAAUUCCAUACGAGGCCCAGAGUAACAAGAUGAAGCUCCCAGACAUACCUCCUGAGCUAAAGAGUCUCAAUACUCUGGAGUCGCAACUCAUCGCCAAGAGAAUACCAUUCAUGAAAGUUGCAGCUCUCCCGAAAGGGGGUCAGAAAGGAGUUCUUGGCCCAGUUGUGUGCGUUCCAGCAGAUGUGAGCGAAACACAUGCAAUCCUUCCCAGAAUGCCGUCAGAAGCACAGUUAAUCAAAGUCAAACUUAAGAGGAAGCUUCAGUACAGUUCAUAUCACAUGUAUAGACAAAUCAGUCCAUUGAAGGUGGAUGUUGCACUGAAGUACCUUGUAGAAAAUAAUGAACUUUACAGCGGUACGUCUAUUGAUGCAGACUGGACUUUGCCAUGGAACAAUGGAGAAGGGCUUGUUGAACAAUCUGAUGCUGACCAUGGAGGGAAUGACAACUUACAAGUUGAUACAACCGCAGAGCACAGCGAGUUUGUCAAUG